UCAACAACCACUGACAUUUCGAUUUGUUUGUUUUCCUUUUUGGCUGAUGUGGAAUAAACUCGAAAAUAAACCACAAAUCCUUAAUUAUGGUGGACCUAAAGAAAGAUUUGGACGAAUACCUGUUGCUGCAAAGCGACCAGAAGAAAAAUUUCAAGCUGACGAUGCCCGCGAUUCCCUUACAAAAACCGAACGUGGCGAAUUGGUUCAAAAAAGACCAGCCCCAGGAAGACGAGAGCUGGUUUCGGGAGACCAAAAAAGAAUAUUGUCCUAGCUUAAGCAGAUUUCAAAGAAUGGUCUUGUUUGCCUUGUGUAUAGGAAUGGGGAUAUUGUGUUUUUCAUUAUCUUUGAUGUACUUGCCAGUAUUAUUGUUUAAGGCCAGAAAAUUUGCAUUGUUGUUUACUCUAGGGAGUCUUUUUUUUGUUUUGAGUUUCUUCUUCUUAUGGGGUCCAUUGGCUUACCUCAAACACAUGUUCACACGAGAACGAUUACCUUUAACUCUAACUUACGGAGGUACUUUGUUUGCCACAUUAUACUGCGCAUUGCACCUGCAAAGUACUCCGUUUACAGUACUUUUUGCUGUCGGUCAAAUAGUGUCUCUCUUAUGGACAGUGGUGACCAAUAUUCCAGGUGGUACUACAGGAUUAUCAUUUUUUUCGAAGAUGUUUUCUAGAUCAGUCAGUGGUGGCAGCACUUUACCAAUUUAAUUAUUUAAUUUUCUGUAAUUUUUUUGUAAAUAUAUUUUUUAUUUAUUAUAAAAAUAGUAC